GGGUGGGGGGUGCUACGUGAGACCAGGAGCUUUGGGAGAGCACAGAAUUAAACGUUUCUAGACGCUGGGUUUUAGUUCAAGUAGUCUACUCUCUUGGUCCCAGCCUACAACUUAUAAAGCCUGGCGACGGAGUAUAAACAUUUUUUUCUGGCCACGCUCCAAAUGACGGGAAACUUUCAGCCGGGGACGCGUAGGUGACGCAAGCGGAAGCGGAAGUACGUUUGCUGCCUCCAUGUGCUACUCCAACAGUGGUGGAAACGGUGCUCGGUGGUGAUUGAGUGACACUCCCCCUUCCACCAUGGGCAAGAAGGGCAAAGUCGGGAAGAGCAGGCGGGACAAGUUCUAUCACUUGGCGAAGGAGACUGGUUAUCGUUCCCGCUCUGCUUUCAAGCUGAUCCAGUUGAAUCGUCGCUUUCAAUUCCUGCAGAAAGCCCGAGCCUUGCUGGAUCUGUGUGCUGCGCCAGGGGGAUGGUUGCAGGUGGCUGCCAAGUUUAUGCCUGUAUCAAGUCUUAUUGUGGGGGUCGACCUGGUUCCAAUCAAGCCUCUUCCCAAUGUGGUGACACUCCAAGAGGACAUCACAACAGAACGCUGUAGGCAGGCCUUGAGGAAGGAGCUGAAGACCUGGAAAGUUGACGUUGUACUCAAUGAUGGGGCCCCCAAUGUUGGGGCUAGCUGGGUCCAUGAUGCUUACUCACAAGCCCAUUUGACACUGAUGGCUCUGCGUUUGGCUUGUGAUUUUCUGGCCCGUGGUGGCUGCUUCAUCACGAAGGUUUUCCGUUCCCGUGACUAUCAGCCCCUGCUAUGGAUUUUCCAGCAGCUCUUCCGCCAUGUCCAGGCCACCAAGCCCCAGGCCUCUCGCCAUGAAUCUGCAGAGAUCUUUGUAGUCUGCCAGGGAUACCUGGCUCCUGACAAGGUUGACAAUAAAUUCUUUGAUCCCAAAUUUGCAUUCAAGGAGGUUGAAGUUCAGGCCAAGACUGUUACUGAGUUGGUGACUAAGAAGAAACCAAAGGCUGAAGGCUAUGCUGAGGGCGACCUCACGCUCUAUCACCGUACCUCAGUCACUGACUUCCUCCGAGCUGCCAACCCUGUUGACUUCCUCUCCAAAGCCAGUGAAAUCGUGCUAGAUGAUGAUGAGUUGGCACAGCAUCCAGCUACCACUGAGGACAUACGGGUGUGCUGUCAGGAUAUCAAAGUGCUGGGGCGCAAGGAGCUUAGGUCCCUACUGAACUGGAGAACGAAGCUUCGGCGAUAUGUGGCCAAGAAGCUGAAAGAGCAAGCAAAGGCAUUGGACAUCAGCCUCAGCUCAGGAGAAGAGGAGGAAGGUGAUGAGGAGGAGUCAACAGCUGGGACCACGAGGCAGCUCUCUAAGGAGGAGGAAGAGGAGGAACAAUUGAAUCGGACCCUGGCAGAGAUGAAGGCCCAGGAGGUGGCUGAAUUAAAGAGGAAGAAAAGGAAACUGCUUCGUGAGCAGAGAAAGCAGCGGGAGCGUGUGGAGCUGAAGAUGGAUCUUCCCGGGGUUUCCAUCGCAGAUGACGGGGAAACAGGCAUGUUCUCCCUGCGUACCAUUCGGGGUCACCAGUUGUUAGAGGAGGUAACACAAGGGGAUAUGAGUGCUGCAGACAUGUUUCUGUCCGAUCUGCCAAGAGAUGACAUCUACGUGUCAGAUGGUGAGGAUGACGACGAUGCAUCUCUGGAUAGUGAACUGGAUCCAGAGGAGCUUGCAGGAGUCAGAGGACCUCAGAGUCUAAAGGACCAAAAGCGUGUGCGAUUUGCUAAAGCAGAUGAUAAAGAGGAGGAGGAGGAGAACCCACUGCUGGUGCCACUGGAGGAGAAGGCGGUCCUACAGGAAGAACAGGCCAGCCUGUGGUUCUCAAAGGACGGCUUCAGCGGGAUUGAGGAUGCUGCUGACGAGGCUCUGGAGAUCAGUCAGGCCCAGCUGCUGCAUGAGAGCCGCCGGAAGGGGCAGUUGCAGCCACCACCACCUUCCAGUUUGAAGACUGAGAGAAAACCUUCCCGGGGCCAGGAUGAAGCCCCUAAGGAGAUAGAGGCUCCAUCAGGGACAGAGGCUGCCACUGGCCCUGGAGGGGGAGAGAGAGAUGACAGCUCAGACAGUGAUAGCAGCAGUGAGGAUGAAGAGAGCUGGGAACCACGCCACGGUAAGAAGCGAAGCCGUGGGCCUAAGUCAGAUGAUGAUGGAUUUGAGAUAGUGCCUAUUGAGGACCCAGUGAAACAUCGGAUACUGGACCCUGAAGGCCUUGCUUUAGGUGCCAUUAUUGCCUCUUCCAAAAAGGCCAAGAGAGACCUCAUAGAUAACUCCUUCAGCCGGUAUACAUUUAAUGAGGAUGAGGGGGAGCUUCCAGAGUGGUUUGUGCAGGAGGAAAAGCAGCACAGGAUACGGCAAUUGCCUAUUGACAAGAAGGAGGUGGAACAUUACCGGAAACGCUGGCGGGAAAUCAAUGCACGUCCCAUCAAGAAAGUGGCUGAGGCUAAAGCCAGAAAGAAGCGAAGGAUGCUGAAGAAGCUGGAGCAAACUAAGAAGAAAGCAGAGGCUGUGGUGAACACUGUGGACAUCUCAGAACGAGAGAAAGUGGCACAGCUUCGAAGUCUCUACAAGAAGGCUGGGCUGGGCAAGGAAAAGCGCCAGGUCACCUACGUUGUAGCCAAAAAAGGUGUGGGCCGCAAAGUGCGUCGGCCAGCUGGAGUCAGAGGUCAUUUCAAGGUGGUGGACUCAAGGAUGAAGAAGGACCAAAGAGCACAGCAACGGAAAGAGAAGAAAAACAGGCGGAAGUGAGCAGAGCCUCCUGGGCCUCUGAGAAGGCAGUGUGUGGAUGAGCGAUCCUGUGUUACCAGCCUUUACAUCGCAGUCACCUGAAAAGACAGUGAGGCAGGGUACCUGGAUCUCUCAUGGCAGUCCUGAGCGGUAAGGACACCCACUGCCUGAAGGAAGGUCUCCUGUUAAAGCACUGCUGAAAUGUCCUGUUGGUGCUGUAACAGAACCCACAGCCCUUCCAUGAAGGCGCAAGGUACUGGAUGAAAAAUUAAGUCAUUAAAGUGUUGGGGUGGCAUUCAUUCUAGUCUA